GUUCGUUCUACUUCUUCCCUCUCGCCUUCUGGAUGGGGUUUUGUUUCGUUUCUUCUAGUUUGAUCUUGAGCUCGAGCUGCUUCGUUUCCUCUAGCUUGAUCUUUGAAUCGAGCUCCUUUAACUUUAGGGCGAGGUCCGCAGAAGAUCGUCGUGAGGAGGAGGGCGAGUUAGGGGAGGGUGCUGCGGACGACUUUUCGGACGUGACAUUCACCGGUGUGGCCUGGCCGAGGACUUGGCCGCCCCCGCCACACCGGUGAAUGUCAGGGCAGCGUCGAGCCCCUUCUCAUACGUAGCAUUGCGUGCUAAAGUUGUGAGUGUCCCUGUGGCAGUCGCAGCGACCGUGCGAGCCCCUGACAACAAAGACUGGGGAUCGAGACCGCAUGGAUGUGGGUGUCGGGAGAAUGACGCAUGCGUAUGGCAA